UUUGUUCGCCUUUGAGGAUGUUGUAUUGAAACGUUUCCUGUAGAGGAAGGUUCAGAUGCUCAAUGACGAGUUGCAGCCGCUGAGGACAGGGGAAGUGAGGGUCGGUAUGGAGAGUGACGGGCAUGUUUAUAUUGUUUGCUGAAGGAAAUAGCUAUAUAAUUGUGCCACGGUCUACAUCUUUAUUUGCUGGUAUGAGGGUGGAAUAUCCUGAUCUUAUAGCUCGGAUAGUAUACAUUACGUAGUCACUGUGGCCUGGACAGGCACCGGUUCGGCCGCGUCGACCAGCUUGGGGAAGUUGGCCGUCAAACCUGGCUCCGUCCCAUCCUCAGGAUGUAGUUCCGAAAAAUAGUAAUUUGGAUACGGAGACUGGCGAAGUGUUAUUAACAUUAUCCGGCGCAAAUGUAGCUUCCUGUCUCCACGUGUUGGCGAUUCUAAUCGACUUGAGUCCAACUAAUCGAGCAUAUACUUUGUUUUACCUUUGUAUUCAAAGUAGAGCCUGGACAAGUCAUCACUGUGAUUGACCAUCUUCAACUUACUUCUUUUAGAGAUGAUGCUGGACGCACGGGCGUGGUCAGAUCGAUAGCAAGUUGAGCACCUGGGAGUAUAAAAGACGAGCUUGGCGACAACGUGCUGGGCAAAGCACUGACCAAGUUCACUGCACCAGAGUAGGUCAUUACAGGGCGUAAGCCGUUGGGGUCAGCGCUAGCGUUAGCUAACCCAGAUUACCUAGAUCUUGCAGUUUGCCGUUGACGGGUAAAGGAUUAUGACAUGCCUCAAGGUUGCCACGCCGAUUUCUAUAUUAAAAAAUGGCAUCAAUACUGGAUAUACGAUACUUCACGUCCAAUGUCUCGUGACAGCUUUUAAGUUAUAUUAGCAUCGCUUAUCAGCAUCUCAUUCUUUUUUUUGUUGGCGGCAGUUCGCCCAACAAGCCGAUCGCGGGUCCCCUCCAUUCUGAAGAGUCAGCACGCUCUGACAGCUCAGUGGCAGUUGGCGCAGCUGGCAAGCCUCAUGAACCAUAAAAAAAAAAGACAAAACAACAGGUGACACAUUUCUUACGUUAGAGCAACAUAACUCUAACCGUAUCUUGCCGCUGCUUUGGCUUCUAUAUUAGCUCAGGUUGCGUGAUUUCGGCUUUGCAGCGGGGUGUGUGGUUAGACCGAUGUUCCAAGCUGGGGCUGAGCGAUUAACCACAGGCCCCAUUGAUACCGGUGAAAAGGGAAGCUCAGCGUUCAACAAGACGUGUGUGUGUUUUGUAUUGGCCUCAAGCCGAUUGGUACCUGUUUGGGUGCGGAGACCACGCCUGUUCGGCUUAUCCUGCUCCUGGUAAUCGGGCAGCCGUGGAUCGGACAUCUACUCUCCUCUCCCUCCAAACGCAAGAUUGCCUUUUUAGUUGACUCCUCUAACUUCAAAACAAAGAGAGCAGAGCACAACGAAACCAUGAGCGCCUCUUCUCUUACAGCGAGAACAGUCUGGAGAGCGCACAAGCUCGUGCUGCCUCUACGUGCCACCAGAUGGAACAGCUCCCUGGUCGACAUCCCCGCCCAGAAGUUCGACCCUCCCGUCACAAGCCACGAGCAAGCGCAAGAAGAGGUUCGACGUAAAAUCUUCCAGGAUGCCGUCAAAGCUACGGCUCCCAGACAAAACUGGACCAGAGAGGAGAUUUCUGCUAUUUUCUACCAGCCGCUGCUCGACUUGGCGUAUCAAGCUGGCACUGUUCACAGACGAUUCCACAAAGCUGGAGAGGUACAACUAUGCACGCUUAUGAACAUCAAGACCGGAGGAUGCACCGAAGACUGCUCCUACUGCGCGCAAUCGACCCGAUACUCCAAAGAUACCGGCGUCAAGGCCAGCCGUGUUGAGAGCGUGGAGGAUGUUCUGGCCAAGGCUCGCGAGGCCAAGGAAAACGGUAGCACACGAUUCUGCAUGGGCGCUGCCUGGCGUGAAAUGAAGGGCCGAAAGAACAGUCUGAAGAACAUCAUUGAAAUGGUCAAGGGCGUUCGCGGCAUGGGCAUGGAAGCCUGUGUCACCCUCGGCAUGCUUGAUGCUGACCAGGCCAAACAACUCAAGGAAGCUGGUCUCUCAGCAUACAACCACAACCUCGACACUAGCCGCGAAUACUACCCCUCCGUCAUUUCUACAAGAUCCUACGAUGAGCGUCUGCAGACCCUGUCCAACGUCCGCGACGCCGGCAUCAACGUUUGCAGUGGUGGCAUUCUCGGCUUAGGCGAGAGCUCUACCGACCGCAUCGGCCUCCUGCACACCGUGUCCAACCUUCCCCAACACCCUGAAAGUUUCCCCGUCAAUGCUCUUGUUCCCAUCAAGGGCACGCCCCUCGGCGCCACUGAACCCAUCUCCUUCACUAGCAUGCUGCGUGUCGUGGCCACGGCCCGUAUCAUCAUGCCUUCUACCAUUAUCCGAAUUGCCGCUGGCAGAAAGACCAUGUCUGAGGAAAAGCAGGCUCUUUGCUUCAUGGCAGGAGCCAAUGCUGUGUUUACCGGCGAGAAGAUGUUGACCACCGACUGCAACAGCUACGAAGAGGACAAGGUGCUCUUUGGCAGAUGGGGACUGGAGCCCAUGAAAAGCUUUGACAAGUCUCCUCCUGAGGCCCCUUCAAGUUAAAAAUAGAACGACAAGAACAGAAUUGAAGUGUUUUACAAUAUUGUGUUUUUUAUUCGUUAUUCUCAUAAUCUGCUAGGUAUUUGUGACUUGGUUGUGGAUGGCGCUGCUGUAGUUUGAAGCACAACCCAUUCUUCAAUCACUCUUACUAAGGCUGUUACCUCAUCAAUGGUAUUGCCAGCGUGUAAACACAGCCGUACCCUAUCUGUGCCUUUUGGCACUGUAGGAAAGACAAUUGGCCGCAACAUAAAUCCUCUCUUCUGACAGUGGGUAGCAAGAUCGUGUGCCUUGGAUGUGAAAAGCGGCAUGAUAGGGGACUGGGGCAUGGCUUCGUCGAUUCCGAAAAUGCCAUUCGCUGGUUGGCGGUAUUUGCAGAGUGUUGAGAGGAGAUGAUGUGUUGUUUGAACAAGAGCGUGUAGUUUGGAUAGCAGAGCGUCCGCUUCGCCGCUGAUCAAGUAGUCGUAUGUUGCGCGGAUGGCAGCCAGCGUUGGAAAUCCCAUUGCUGUAGUAUAUAUAAGGCUUCGAGCGUAGUUGAUGAGGUAUGAUCGUGUCGUCUCUGAGCAUAAAACCAUAGCUGGGACAUAUUAGUAUUUGAUAAUGAAAUAUCUUGACCUAACUUACCGCCACUGCACCCCAUGGCUUUGCCAAACGUGUGCACCCUAGCCCAGAUUUCAUCCUCAAGCCCAAGCUGGCAGACAAGUCCGCGGCCAGAUUUUCCCAUAAUUCCAGUUGAAUGGGCCUCGUCGACGAUAAUCAGCCCGUUUCCAUAUGGCAGCUUUCGCUUGACGCACUGCACAAUGUCCAGCAUUGGCGCUGCAUCGCCAUCCAUACUGUAGACGCCUUCUACUGCUAUGAAUAUGUUUUUGGUGCCAUUAUAAUAAUCAAUACCGGAUUUGGAUCUCAGCAGCUUCUCAAGCACACUCUCCAGAGACGCGAGCGAAGAUAGACUGGUAGCCGUAGCGUCCCAUACUGUGUUGUGUCUGAAUGGGAUUUUGGCCGCUCUCGAUAACUUUAGUCCAUCGUGGACGCUUGCGUGUAUAUAUUCGUCGUAGAUUACAAUAUCUCCAUCAUUUGCCAUGCAGGAGAAUAGACCCGUAUUUGCUUCGAAGCCAGAAUUGAAGAGCAACGCAGAUGGUGCGCCAUGGAAUGUCGCCACAUCUUGUUCUAGUUGUUCUGCAAAGGUCGAGUUGCCGUCUAACAAUCGAGAUCCUCCUGAUCCUAGCGCUAGAGUGCUAUGCGACUGCAGUAAUUCUGUGUACUUUCGCUUUACUUGCGGGUUUGUAGAGAGCGAAAGGUAGCCGUUGGAAGAGAAGUCGACCGCGUCGGGAGCUGCCAAUGUGAGGCGUCGCAGUCUUCCCUUCUGCUGCCGACGAUCCAGCGUAGCCUGGAACCCAGCAUCGAUGCGGUUCGCAGCAGGCUUCAUGGCGAGGGAGCUGGUAUUAGGUCAAUUGAAACACAAAACAAAAACAGAAAGCAAACAAGAAGCUGGGGGGUCGUGAAAGCUCAGCAUUCUUCUGACGCAAGCCACCCAGUUUGUCACGGGCUCUAGAAUCACCUCAACACGAACUGCCCCUCCGAUGGCGGUAACCCGAUUGUAUUCUGGCAGGGGCUAUAUCACUUCCACACGCCCCUCUGGAUCUUAUCCGUUUUCGUGGUGUGCUGUGAGAGCACGUUUCUUUAUGCCGCGUUCCUUAUCUCGG